UCGUUAUGGAGACCUCCUCUGUGUACGGAAAUAGUGAUACGGCUACACUUUGUGAAAAAUUUAUGCAUUUUGUCAGUUCAUUUUUCCCGUGCACAUAAAACGUCAUGUUCAGUUGUCUUCCGUUGUUUAAAAAGUCUUGAAUUUGGGUAGGAGGAGUGAAGUAGAAGAAAAAGAGAGAGAAAAAGAAGGGCAGGAAAUGACCCUUUGUCUGUAUGAGUGUCUGAGUGCACUUGGACUACAGCGUCACUAUGCUAGGUUUAUCUCCAUGGGAGUCUGCCAUAUGGCCCACCUUUCAGCGCUGACCAUGGAGGACUAUCCCAUCCUGGGAAUCCACACUAUGGAGGACAGGACAAGACUUUUCCAUCUGGUCCAAAUGGUCAAAACUGACCUGGAGAGUAUAGAUGAUGAUCAUUAUUAUGGUGCUGAUGGUGGGGAUAAAGGCUACACUGUAGUGGACAGUAGUUUUAUUCUUGAUGGCUGUAGAGAUCCUGAUGAAGAUGUAAAUGAUAAUGAGGAAGACAACAGUGCUGCAGUCAAUAAACUAAACACAGUCCCUUUUGCCAAACCAUCAUGUGUUCGCAGACAGCUUGAUUUCAGCAGUGAAAGCAGUGAUCAUCAUCAUCAGAAGCUACUUUCUCAUCCUGUAGGCACUGUUCAUGACUAUGCAAGGCAAGACAGAAAUUAUUGUUCAAUCCAGAGUGAAGUGUCGGCCAUACCUGUGCAGUUUCAGCUUGACAAUGCAAGUGCUGUGGUAUGUGGCUGCAAAGGGAACAACAACCACAGGAUCCAUAGUCAUCCAUCUGAUCAUCAUAUGAGAGGAACCACCAAGCCAGACAUCAGAGGAGAAAUUUCCAUGUCUUACACCAGACUGUCACCAAAGCAUGUCUCAUUCCACAAGCCAAAACCCAGGCCUGCAACUGUGGCAUCAAAGAGGUUUAAGAGCAAACCAAUUGGGCGCAAAGACAGAAAAGAAAUCUCUAGGAGGGAAAAGCUCUCUACUGGAAUAGGCUGUCAUGGGGCUUCUGGGCACACAGCUAAACCAACACCUGUUUAUGAAUCAAAGAAAACAGCUGGUUACAACUAUGGACUGCCACAGAGUCUCCCUCGUGCUGUAAACAAAAUGCAAUCGGGGGAGCAGCGGAUCACUGUGUGUGUGAGGAAGAGACCUCUGACACAUGAAGAGAGCAGGAGAGGAGAGGUGGAUGUUGUUGCAACUCCAGGUGAAGGGUGUGUGAUUGUACAUGAAAGCAAAGAAGCUGUGGAUCUCACGCAGUACAUACUACAGCACAGGUUCUACUUUGACCAGGUUUUUGGAGAGGAGAGCUCCAAUGACGAUGUAUAUCAAAGAACAGCAUAUCCUCUAGUGCAGCACAUGCUUAGUGGAGGGAAGGCCACCUGCUUUGCUUAUGGCCAGACAGGUGCAGGGAAGACUCACACCAUGUUGGGUUCAUCUCCCGGGAGACCAGGGUUGUAUGCACUUGCAGUGCAGGACAUUUUUUCUCACCUGUCCACCACACACUCACAUUCAUCCCUGCUGGUAUAUGUCAGCUUCUUUGAGAUCUACUGUGGCCAGCUGUACGACCUGCUGGACCACAGGAAAAGGUUAUUUGCCAGAGAAGAUGGUCAGAAAGUGGUUCACAUUGCAGGGCUGCGUGAUGUCGGCGUGGACUCGGUCAGCUCACUGCUUGAGGUGAUUUCACAGGGCAUAGAGGAGCGCACACAGGGGAUGAGUGGAGUGAAUCCACUCUCUUCUCGUUCUCAUGCCUUGCUUCAGAUUCAACUUAGAGGUCCAAACCAGAAGAAAGCUGGAAGAAUGUGGUUUGUGGACCUGGCAGGAAGUGAAAGGGCAUCAGAUACCAAGGAACCAGACAGACAGAGCCGUAUGGAGGGAGCUGAGAUCAACCAGAGUCUGUUGGCUCUUAAAGAAUGUAUUCGGUCCCUUGAUCGGGAGCAAUCACACACACCUUUCAGACAAAGCAAACUUACCCAGGUUUUGAAAGACUCGUUUGUUGGUGACUCACUGACAUGCAUGAUUGCCAACAUUUCACCUGGUCACUUAACGACUGAACACGUGCUUAAUACACUGAGAUACGCUGAUCGGGUGAAGGAGCUGAGGGGACAAAGAGGAAGGGGCAAGACAUUACAUUCUCCCAAACAUAACAGCAACAGCAGCAAUGGUAGCAGUGUUGGCACCCGAGGGAAAAGUCCCCCUAAAAAAGCAAAAUUACAGAGGCAAAGAGAGGGUUUGGGUCCCACCACACCUACUACAAGGUUGCUCACGGGGGGUGAAAUUCUCUGCUCUACACCCAAGAACAGCAGAUGGGGAAAGGAAACAAAUGCAAGGGGCAAAAUAGGGGCUGGGCUAGAACACGUUACACCAGUUAGAGGUUGGCUGGGAACAGGUGAUAACAGGGAGAGGAGGGAGAGAGCAGAUGAAAGAGAAAGUAGGGGGAGAGAGGAAGAAAAGUAUUAUAAAACUGAGAGUCACUCUGUUAGUUACAAAAAUGCUAGGGUGGGGCUGGUGUUGGGACAACCAAAGGAUGAGCAGCUCCACUUUUGGACAGUAAAAGAAGAGAGAUUAGCCCAGGAGAGUAAUUUAUCUCUUACUCAAAGGGAAUCUGUAUUCUCCCACAGAGAGAAAGAGAGCCAGAAAUACACUUUGAAGGGGCAAAGAGCAGAGGAAAGAAGAUGGAUAGAACAGCAGAGACAUGUGGAAAGCAGCAGAGACACAUGUAGUGAAGAAGAAAAACCAAGGAAAAGGGAUUUACAAACAGCUGAUGAAAGCGAUAAGGAGAGGGAAAGGCAUCUUAGACGAUAUCACCAGAAGCUGCAGCAAUUUAUACCAUCAUCUGCUUCUUCAUCUAUUAAUCUCUUCUCACCCUGUACAUGUCUAUCUUUCUCUUCCUCUAAUCAUGCCUCUCCGUCUUCUUCUUUUUUUCCAUAUACCUGUUCUUCUCUCCAAAACUCUUCUCAUUUCUCACUUUCUUCCCCUAUGCGUAAUGGUUUGGGAGAGGUUUUACAUGCAUACAGAGCCAGCGUUCAGGUUAGAGCUGAUGAUACUAGAGGACAGUUGCUUGUUUCCAGUGGUGCGAUCUCCUUGCAAAAUAACACCUCUACAAGCUACAAUAACAUUAAUGAUGAGGAUUCUCAUGAUGACUCUAGUGGCGUUGAUGAAGACCGGAAAGAAACAGAGGCAAGAUUUGGACAGGAAAGGGGUGAAAAUGAGAAGAGGAGGUCAGUGCAGGCAACAGGUGAAGGAAGAGUCAGGAGGGAAGAUAGGAUGCCAGCAGGAAGAGAAAGGGGAGAGAGGAGAUGGGCUUGGUUGGCAACAACAGAGGCGGAGCACACAGAUAGGAUGACAGGUGCAAUGCCAGCUAAUGUAGAGUUUUAUAACUGUGAUUCAAACAACAGACGAGAAGUGGAUGAGGAUGGGCUGCAUGGCUCAGAUGUCCCAGCUGAUGGAAUGCGAAGUAUUGAGGAGGGAGGAGGGCCUGACAGCUACAGUUCAUUGUCUGUCGACAGCAAAAAUGACAGCAACAAACUCCUUAACCACCCGCCUAUUGAAUCACCCAGUCAGCGGGCUCCAGCAGAACGACCCUUCUCCCCAGCCUGUGAACAAACCAACACGGUCCUGACACCCAAAAAACUUAAUGUAUCUAAUAUCUUGCCGUUAACUUUGCAAAAUACCCCACAGGCAGUGUCAUCAAGUAGUCAUACAGAGAAGGAACCAUGGUUUGCUGCUAAUGCCAGUAGAAGGAAGUUUUUAAAUGCCCAGUCAAGCACACAACCGCUCAGUACUUCUUUCAGUGAAAUAUCUGCUGAGCCCCUUAACAAACUAUCUGAUAAUCUGGCUUACACUGACGUACACAACCACACAGAAGUUGAAGCCAAAAUGUCUGGUGUACCUAAAGACGAAAUUGAUGCAGAUUCCCUUAGCUACAUUAUGGACCCCCUCAGCAUCUCCUUGCUUGAGGUUGACCAACAGGUCGCCACAGCCUCGUUCCUCCAAGGGGAACAGAUCAACACCUCCAUCUGCCUGCUUGAGAAAGAAGGAGGUGGAGAUAACAGAAGGGAAGUGGAAAAACAGCAUCUCACGUGUACACAUCUCACAUAUGCACAGAUGACAAGAAAAAAUGCAGAGGAUGAGGACAUAGAAUUUCACCUGUCUUUUUUGGAGCUGCCACAAACAAAGACCCACUGCCCUCCCACCCCUGACACAAUGUUGGCUGUUAAUCACACUGAACAAAGAAAAGACACAUGUUCUUCUACAAAUGAACAUUGUGGAAUAGGUGGGAAGAAAGGUCAUAUCCCUGAGGUUAGGCUUGUGUCUCUGUGGGACCAACAGAACACUCAGAAGCCCCAAACCAUGCCGGUUAGUGAAGUCCUUGGCAGCAAAACCCCUGCAUCCCCACUCAAACUCUCAACAUAUGCUUCUAUGCAAACAUCUGAAACUCAGUCCAUCUCUCCCUCGGUCCAGCAAUCUGGAUACAAUGAUUCACCAAGCUCACACAGUCAAAUCCCAAACAGUGCCACACAAGUGCCACUGCAAUAUGUUUACAACAUGAACAACAAAUCUGUAUCUUCUUUUUCAACACGACAGUCAGAAAGCAUCUUGGGCCAGUGUCACACUGUACAUUCAAAUCACUUCAGGGACUCAAACAGCUCACUCCAGUCAAACAGUCCUAUGGAAUUAGAUGGUCAAGAAAGUACCAGCAAUCAGCAACUUGUACCCAUAAUCCAUCUGUCUACUUUGGACCACUUGGAUGAUGCCCAGUGGUGUGUUGUCCAGGCCCACUUGGAGCAGCUAGAAGAGAUGGAAGCCUUAUGUCAUAAAGAGGGGACACUUCUUUGUCAGCAACCUGAUAUGGCAUUUGGGGAAUACAUCCACAAGCUGGAGAAAAUCAUGGAGAGAAAGGCUCAGUGUGUCCAUAAUAUGAGAGCUCAGCUGCAACCAUAUCUGAAACACAGACAUAAUAACCAGUCACACAACCAAGGAGAAGAUAAUAAAGAUUCAGUUGUUUGAAUAAACAAAAUAGGUGGAAAUAUUAGCAUUUUAAAUGCAGCCUACCAGUUAUGCAAAUUCAUGCUGAUAAUGAAUGCACAAGAUUUUUGCUGACAAAACUUAACACAGUAUGAGUUAAAUGCAUCACUAGUUUUUUGUUUGUUUGCGUUUUUCAUUUUUUACAUUUAUACAUUUUCAAGCGAUCUAAGCUUUAACAGUUUACAGGGCAUUAAUACACUUGUGCUGUAUGUUUGUGCAUUCUGUAGUUUUGUGUGGGUGUGUUUGUUUUUUGAGCUCAGCUGUGGGGUUGUUACUAAGUCCAUUUUGACAUGGAGAUAUGCUGUGUGCUGUAUUUUUUACUUUAAUUUAAAAGGAGUGCAUUUUUUCAAGUUUUGUCUAAAUCUAGGGAGUUUCUACUCAGACUGUUUUUGCUUACUUUUUGUUGCUUUAAAGAAAC